AUGGAUGCAUCUAAUAUGAGGAAAUCCACAAAUGCAUUGUUUGAGAUGUAUGAUGUAGUAGUUACAGAUGUAGGGCCACAAAAUGUGGUUCAAUUUAUCACAGACAAUGUUGUUGCUUGUGUUGCUGCAGGGAGACUUCUGACAGAUAAAUACCCUUCCAUGUUUUUUACACCAUGUGCAGCACAUUGCCUUGAUAUAACCCUAGAGGACAUUGGAAAAAUUGAAUGGGUUAAGGCGAUAUUUCAGAAAGCUCACAAGGUUACCAGAUUUGUUUAUAAUCACACGAGGGUUUUGGCUAUAAUGCGCUCUUUCACAGGAGGCAAGGAGCUAGUUCGACCAAGAGUGACAAGAUUUGCAACAUAUUUCCUUGCAUUACAAACACUUGUAGAAUUUUCAAAGCCUUUAGUAAAAGUCUUGAGACUAGUGGAUGGGGAUAAACCCCCCAUGGGAUAUGUGUAUAAGGCCAUGGAUAGGGCCAAGGAGGUGAUAAGGAGUAAACUGGAAAAUAACAGGGAUAGGUAUAUGCCAUUGUGGGACAUAAUUGAUAGGAGAUGGGAUGGACAAAUGCACACUCCUCUCAAUGUUGCGAGAUACUUGCUCAAUCCUCCGUUAUUCUAUAAGACUGACUUCAUGGAAAUUGAUGCUGAGAUCAAACAAGGCUUCUUCAAGUGCAUAGAAAAAAUGUUUCCUGACUUGGAAGAAUUUGAUGCGGCUACGAUAGAGUUGGAAAUGGAAACACUAAUUUCUACAUGGGCAAAAUCAAGAACUAUUGAGGAAGGCUUGCCAAUUGACCUCGAUGAGAUAUAUCCAGAGUAUGAGUUGAUUGUUGUUGAUGAUACUGUUGAUGAUGAUGAUGUUGAUGAUGAUUAUGUUGUUGCUGAUCGUUCGCUUGAGUCUGAAGAUUUUGAUCUCAUGAGGCAAGCCAACUUUGGCCCUGAAUGGGUUGAACGAAUUAGGACAUGCUCUUACCCAGGAGCUUCAUCAUCAGGGCCUCCUGCCCUCUAG